AAUUGAUAGAUGAUAUAUAGGAGUAGCAGGAGCGAAGAGCCAUGUUGACAAUGGUGAAAAUCAUAACCAACUUCAGCAGCUGCUCAACUUAUAACUGUCAUACAAAUGAAGCAAAUUAUCCCAGACCUCUGAAAGGUUUCAUCUUCUUCAGACAUUCUUUAAGAAAAUGUUUAUUAUUUUCAAAUUUGGACGUUCCUCGUAGUACUAGGGUGGGUGUCUCUUUCAUGUUGGAUGAAAACGCCAAAAUUAGCAAAUUCUGCGAGGUGGGUGAUCUUCGGAAUGCCAUGGAAUUGCUCAAAAUGUCCCAAAAUUCCGAGCUUGACUUGAACACUUACGCUUCUAUCUUGCAGCUUUGUGCUGAAAGUAGGCGUCUGCAAGAGGGUAAGAUGGUUCAUUCAAUUAUCUCCUCCAAUGGAAUACCAAUUGAAGGGGUUUUGGGUCCAAAACUAGUGUUCAUGUAUGUGAGUUGUGGAGACUUAAGAGAAGGGAGACGUAUAUUCGAUCAUACUCUCAGUGAUAACAAGGUUUUUCUGUGGAAUCUUAUGAUGUCUGAAUACGCAAAGAUUGGUGAUUAUCGCGAAAGUAUAUAUCUUUUUAGGAAAAUGCAGAAACUUGGCAUUACAGGGAAUUCUUAUACGUUUUCAUGCAUCUUAAAGUGUUUUGCUACUGUGGGAAGGGUAGAGGAGUGUAAAAGAAUACAUGGGUAUAUUUAUAAACUAGGCUUUGGUUCUCAUAAUACUGUUGUUAACUCCUUAAUUGCAACUUAUUUCAAAAGUGGAGGAGUUGACAGUGCACACAAGUUGUUUGAUGAAUUGAGUGAUAGAGAUGUUGUGUCCUGGAAUUCGAUGAUAAGUGGCUGCGUGAUGAAUGGUUUUUCCCACACUGCACUUGAUUUUUUCAUUCAGAUGCUUAUUUUAAGGGUUGGUGUGGAUUUGGCUACCUUGGUUAAUGUUCUUGUAGCUUGCGCAAAUGCUGGUAGUCUUUCAUUUGGGAGAGCAGUUCAUGGUCUUGGAGUGAAAGCUUGUUUUGGCAGGGAGGGUAGGUUUAACAAUACCUUAUUAGACAUGUACUCAAAAUGUGGUAAUUUAAAUGAAGCAAUUCAAGUUUUUGGGAAAAUGGGUCAAAAAACUGUUGUCUCUUGGACUUCAUUAAUUUCUGCUUAUGUAAGAGAAGGUCUAUAUGAUGAUGCAAUAAGAUUAUUCUAUGAAAUGGAAUGCAAAGGCAUUAGUCCAGAUGUUUAUUCUAUGACUAGUGUCCUUCAUGCAUGCGCUCAUAGCAAUUCACUGGAUAAAGGCAGAGAUCUACACAAUUACUUUAGAAAGAAAAACGUGACCUUGAGUUUGCCGGUGUGUAAUGCUCUCAUGGAUAUGUAUGCAAAAUGUGGAAGCAUGGAAGAAGCUUAUUUAGUUUUCUCUCAAAUUCUAACUAAGGACAUUGUCUCAUGGAAUAUCAUGAUUGGUGGUUAUUCAAAAAACUCUCUCCCUAAUGAGGCUCUUAAACUUUUUUCUGAGAUGCAAGAAGAAUCAAGACCUGACGGCUUUACAAUGGCUUGUGUUCUUCCAGCUUGUGGGAGCCUUGCUGCUCUUGACGUAGGCAGAGGGAUUCAUGGGUGGAUAUUGAGAAAUGGGUAUUCAUCAGAUUUGCAUGUAGUCAAUGCACUCAUGGACAUGUAUGUAAAAUGUGGGUCACUAAUUCAUGCACAGUUGCUCUUCGAUAUGAUAUCUGAGAAGGAUUUGAUCUCUUGGACUGUAAUGAUUACUGGGUAUGGCAUGCAUGGGUUGGGAAAUGAAGCAGUUGCCACUUUUCAGAAGAUGAGGAUUGUAGGUAUUAAGCCUGAUGAGGUUACCUUCACUUCCAUACUCUAUGCCUGUAGUCAUUCUGGAUUACUGAACGAGGGAUGGGAAUUUUUUAAUGCCAUGAGUGAAUGCAACAUUGAGCCCAAGUUAGAGCACUAUGCUUGCAUGGUAGAUCUCCUUGCCCGCACUGGAAAUCUAUCUAAGGCGUACAACUUCGUUGAGACAAUGCCAAUUAAACCAGAUGCUACAGUUUGGGGUGCCUUGCUUUGUGGGUGUAGGAUCCAUCAUGAUGUGGAGCUAGCAGAAAAAGUGGCGGAGCAUGUUUUUGAGCUAGAGCCUUACAACACAGGAUAUUAUGUUCUUCUGGCCAACGUCUAUGCAGAGGCAGAAAAGUGGGAAGAAGUAAAGAAGUUACGCGAGAGGAUUAGUAAGCUGGGACUAAAAAAGAGCCCUGGCUGUAGUUGGAUAGAGGUCCAAGGAAAAAGUACCACCUUUGUUUCUGCAGAUUCUGCACAUCCUCAAGCCAAAACUAUAGUCUCAUUGCUGAAUAAUUUGAGAAUAAAGAUGAAAAGUGAAGGUUAUUCUCCAAAGAUGAGGUAUGCGUUGAUUAAUGCAGACGAGACGGAGAAGGAAGCGGCUUUGUGUGGGCACAGUGAGAAGUUAGCUGUGGCUUUUGGUAUAUUAAAUUUGUCCCCUGGAAGGACUAUUAGGGUCGCCAAGAACUUACGAGUAUGUGGUGACUGUCAUGAGAUGGUGAAGUUCAUGUCCAAGACAACCAGAAGGGAGAUUAUCCUGAGAGAUUCAAAUCGGUUUCACCAUUUCAAGGAUGGCUUCUGUUCUUGCGGAGAUUUCUGGUAAAUACAAUGAGGAAAUUCAGUAGAGGGGAAAUCAUAAUGAUGCCAUGUCAAUUUACCCCUUUCACGAUUAAAUCUUAUGCCAAUCACGGUAUCUGAUUUGACAUGGCACAUUCAUUGGCAAAGAUAGUCAAUGACAAAGCAUAAGAUGGAUCAAGGAUAGUCAUAAAUGCUGAAUCAGAGGUUUGCAGUUCAAGUUUGACAGUCAAGAGAGGCAAUUUACGCAGUUGAUUUCUAUUUGAAAAUACUAAAUUUGUCAAUCACUGAUAAACCAUCCAAAUUGUUGAUAUGGAUUUGAUUUGGAACCAAAUAACUGAGGGGAUCAAGUAGAGCUGCAGUAUGUUUUCAUGGAAAAUAGAUUAUGAGGAUGUUGGGAUAUGGGGGAACUGGAAGAUCUCAGCUUCCUUGAGAUUGGAAUCUAUGUGUGAUUUCUGUCAAUGUUAACUUUUGUUGUCUCUCAAGAAGGGAAUCAAACCAAGACUGACCAUACAAAUGAUAUUGUAUUUCUCUGUAGUUGAAUGCUACUUCGAUGCAAAA